AUGACCAUGCCUGGUCCGGCCCGUGUUUUCAAGCUUAGAGUUACCAUCAUUGCGGCCGAUGCUCUUGCAAAGAGAGAUGUUUUUCGGCUUCCCGACCCCUUUGCGGUUAUAACUGUCGAUGGCUCCCAGACAAAGUCUACUCAGGCCAUUAAAAAGACUCUCAGUCCUUACUGGCACAAACAGUUUGAUGUUGACGUGACUGAAAACUCUAUCAUUGCAGUCCAAGUUUUUGAUCAAAAAAAAUUCAAAAAGAAAGACCAAGGCUUUCUCGGUGUAAUCAACAUUCGUGUUGGUGAUGUUAUUGACCUUCAUGCUGGUGGCGAUGAAAUGAUUACAAGGGACCUUAAAAAGUCAAACGACAAUCUUUCUGUUACUGGCAAACUUAUUCUCAACCUUUCGACUAAUGUUGCAGCCCCCAUUGCCACUGACAGAGCCUCCACCUCAACUGCAAGCUCUACCCACAAUGGCCCCGCAUCUGUCGCAUCUCCUUCUUCUUCUUUAAAUAAUGGCAGUUACAGCAGCCCCUCUAGCAGUUCUAACCGCGGAGUUUCUUCUAAUGCUUCAGCCCUCGCCAUGGCUGCUUCCGAGUCUGCCGCCUUUUCUCAGCAACAACACUCUCUCGCAGACAGUAUGAACGAAAUGUCUUUGAGUAACGGCCACCCUUCUUCUUUGACAGGGUUUUCUGAAUCAUCUGGUGGUGCCUCUGCUUCUGGUGGUGCUGCAAAUAACAGAUCUGUUUAUUCUUCGUUUGAAGACCAAUAUGGCAGACUACCUCCUGGCUGGGAACGUAAAACUGACAAUUUAGGUAGAACAUACUAUGUGGAUCACAACACACGUACCACUACCUGGACCAGACCACCCUCAGAUAUUAACGAGUCUGAUCAGCGCGUCGCUCGCCAAACAGCCACUGAGCUUGAACGUCAGAGACACCACAAUAGAAUGCUCCCUGAAGAUUCCAGAACAACUUCCCCAAGUCCUGGAACUGAGUUUUCUCAACGCCCAGCUUCUCCUCAUUCUCAACAGCAACAACGUGCACAGUCCCCCUCUUCUACUGCAAAUUCUCAAAACAUUUCUUCCACCGCAAAUGCAGUCCAAAUGUUAAACACCGGCGCCACUACUGCAGGCCUUGGCGAACUCCCUGUUGGCUGGGAACAACGUGUAACUCCUGAAGGUCGUCCUUACUUUGUCGACCACAAUACUCGCACCACGACAUGGGUCGACCCCCGGAGGCAACAAUAUAUUCGUACAUAUGGGAAUGCUUCGACACAGGGAAAUAUCCAGCAACAACCUGUUUCCCAGUUGGGUCCUCUUCCAAGUGGCUGGGAAAUGCGGCUUACAAACACCGCCAGAGUUUACUUUGUUGACCACAAUACUAAGACUACCACCUGGGACGACCCUAGACUACCUUCCAGUUUGGACCAAAAUGUUCCUCAGUAUAAGCGCGACUUUAGACGCAAGCUCAUUUACUUCCGUUCUCAACCAGCUUUGCGUGCCACUGCUGGACAGUGCCAUAUCAAGGUGCGUCGUGGCCACAUUUUCGAGGACUCUUAUCAGGAAAUUAUGCGCCAAACUCCAGCUGACUUGAAGAAGCGUCUCAUGAUUAAGUUUGAAGGUGAAGAAGGUCUUGAUUACGGUGGUGUUUCCAGAGAAUUUUUCUUCCUUCUUUCUCAUGAAAUGUUCAAUCCGUUCUAUUGUCUCUUUGAAUAUUCGGCUCACGACAAUUACACAUUGCAAAUUAACCCUCAUUCCGGUGUUAAUCCAGAGCAUCUUAAUUAUUUUAAGUUCAUUGGGCGUGUUGUUGGUCUCGCCAUUUUCCACCGUCGUUUCUUGGAUGGGUUCUUCAUUGCUGCCUUUUAUAAGAUGAUUUUACGCAAAAAGGUAGUUCUUUCGGAUAUGGAAGGUGUUGACGCUGAUUUUUACCGCAAUUUGGAGUGGACACUUAACAAUGAUAUUGAUGGCAUUCUUGACCUAACCUUCUCCGUUGAAGAUGACUUAUUUGGCAAGAUUGUUACUGUCGAUCUCAAACCUGGUGGACGCGACUUGCCCGUAACUAAUGAAAACAAGCGUGAAUACGUUGAGCUUGUUACUGAGUGGAAGAUUUCACGACGCGUUGAGGAACAAUUUAAAUCGUUUAUGGUUGGUUUCAACGAGCUAAUACCUCAAGAGCUCAUUAAUGUUUUUGAUGAACGCGAACUUGAGUUGCUCAUUGGUGGUAUUUCAGAGAUUGAUGUUGAUGACUGGAAAAAGCACACUGACUACCGUGGUUACUCGGAGAAUGAUGAAGUCAUUCAGUGGUUUUGGAAGUGUGUCCGUUCUUGGGACUCUGAGCAGAAGUCGCGUCUCCUGCAGUUCACUACAGGUACUUCGCGUAUUCCUGUUAAUGGCUUCAAGGAUCUUCAAGGUUCAGAUGGCCCUCGUCGGUUUACAAUUGAGAAGGCUGGUGAACCUGAUCAGCUCCCUAAAUCACAUACAUGUUUCAACCGUGUGGACCUGCCGCCGUAUAAGGAUUACGAGACACUACAGCAAAAGCUUCUUCUUGCUGUAGAAGAAACUGUUGGUUUUGGCCAAGAGUAA